AUGGAAUUACCUACCGCGCUUGAUCCGCCUCGAACGAGGCUACUAUCCUUGCGGGCUAUAGUUUUUCUGCUGUCGUUCUUUACGCUAUCUGCUUUCUGCUCAAGCCUGACGCCCGUGUCCCCAAAUCCAUCUGUUUCUGGGUAUCUUCUUUCAGAACGUCAGACCGGAUGCUCUAAUGAAAAUCCAUGCAGAAAUCCCACGGCAUGCUGUAACGGCAAAAGUGGCUUUUGUGGAUACGAGGAAGACCAUUGUGGUCCUGAUUGCGUUUCCGACUGCGAUUCCAAAGCUGAUUGUGGCGCCUACGCGGAUCCGCCCGGCAAAGAGUGCCCUCUGAGAGUGUGCUGCAACAAAUGGGGAAACUGCGGCACCACCGAGUCUUUCUGCGGUGAUGGGUGCCAGAGCAACUGCGAAGUUCCCGGAGUCACUACGGGUCAUGAUGGCGAUGUCCGCGACCUUGUUAUUGGUUACUUCGAAAGCUGGAUUCUCCUUCGAAGAGGCUGCUCCCAACGAGAUAUUAGUCACAUUCGCUUCGACUCAAUGACGCAUAUUAACGUGGCCUUUGGGUUCAUCAAACCAGACACCUACGAGAUCCAUCCUAUACGUGGGGCCACCAUCGCUGGUUUCCAGAACGUCACAAACCUUAAACAACGCGCCCCCGGUCUCAAGGUCUGGCUAGCUCUGGGAGGCUGGACAUUUAGCGACAACGGUACCGACACACAGCCAGUCUUUGGCGAUAUUUCCAGCACUGCACUGAAGCGAAGCCAAUUUGUUGAUAAGCUUCUCCGAUUCAUGACAGAGUGGGGGUUCGAUGGAGUUGACAUCGACUGGGAAUACCCUGGUGCACCCGACCGCGGUGGCCAGACCCGAGAUAUUCAAAACUUUGUUCUCCUAAUGAAGGACAUCUGGUUUCGUUUUCAGGCCGAUGGCAAGGGCCUGGGCGUCUCUUUCACCGCGCCUACCUCUUACUGGUACAUGCGCUGGUUUGACAUUGGUGCCGUCAUGCCGUAUGUUGAUUGGGUGAAUUUGAUGACCUAUGAUAUUCACGGAAGUUGGGACGAGGACUCUGACUGGAUCGGGCCGUAUGUUUACGCGCAUACUAACCUGACUGAGAUAAAGCAUGGCCUCGAUCUCUUGUGGAGAAACGGCGUGCCAGCUAACAAGGUGAAUUUGGGUCUUGCCUUUUACGGCCGGACAUACAAGCUAGAAGAUCCAGACUGCGAUACUCCCGGUUGUCCCUUCGCAGACCCCGGAACGGCAGGACAGUGCUCUGGAACUGGCGGCUACAUGUCGUAUCAAGAUAUCGAGUAUACUAUUGAUAGUAACAGCCCAACUCCUAUUUACGAUGAGAAGGAGAAGAUCAUGUACUUCAAAUACCGAGGCGAUCAGUGGGUAUCAUAUGACAACGAGAAAACGAUUCGAGAAAAAGUCGAAUUUGCAAAUGAUUUAGGACUUCGAGGACUCUUCAUCUGGGCCAUCGAUCAAGACAACUUGGAUAACGACCUUUUGAAUGCCGUCCUACAGCCUGACGGCCUCGGAAAGUUCAAGAAGAGGAAUGGGGUUGGCGCAGACGGGUCUGAUUGGAAGAAGGUUGACCUUGACGGACGUUGCUUCUGGUCAGGCUGUGAGGAUAAUUGUCCCACCGGAACGAACACAAUAACUACCGUUCGUUGCGCUCGCAGGGGAAACUCUAAGGCGAAGGAUCCCAUGAUCAACCUAUGCUGUCCCCUGGCAAACUCUCCAGACCCAGAAACCUGCCGGUGGAGCGCACCCAACCUUUUCUGGGGCUUGAUAUGCGAGUCCACAAACUCUUGCGACGUUGGAGAGGAGCGUAUCAUCACGAGCCAAUACUACAUCAACGACAAGGGAGAGCACGACGCCUGCCUCGAGGGCGACGCGGACUAUUGCUGCAAGAUCCAGGACGGUGGCACACAACUCUGUAAAUGGGAUGAGGGCAACUGCAUCGAGGUCGACCAGAGCGAGAUUCUGAAACCUAAGCCCAAUGGGAACGAUCCAUGUGGUACCGGGAAGAAGUUCACCACGUUCCGCAAGGGCAAGUGUAAGAAAAAUCGUUGGGAGUCCCUUUGCUGCGAUACCAAUAUCGACACAUCGUCCUGUCGAUGGCGAAACGACAUGAAUGACCGAUGUAACCCCGAGUGCCACCAGAAUGAGGUCAAGUUUGGCACGCACGCAGAGGGUGGCGGUCGCAACUGCGAGUGGACCGUCCCCGGCUCCCAGAACAUCCACAACAUGCAGGGCCAGAAGCAGAUCGUCUGGCCAGGCCUGUGCUGCGAUCGCGACGCCUUCAAAGUAGAGCUUAAAAGUCUCCCUGUGCCAUUGGAGAACUUAUUCCCGGACGCCGACGACAUUCCAGAAUCCGACGAGCAAUCCUUUGGUGUCGAGGUCGACCCGACCAUGGGAGGUCGAAAGUCCGGGAGCGGUAGCGACAACCCCAAUCUCAACUCCUUUGGCUGGCACAUUAUGUCGGGGCCCGAGGAGCAGAUCAGCAGCAUCGACAAGCGCGACGGCUCGCACUGGGAGGUCUUUGACUGCGAUGAGGAGUUCCACGAUGGCCGGCAACAUGCCAAACUGGUAUGCACCGACGAGUCAGAGGACAGCAACUGCGCUACUCUUUUCAAAGGCGGUGUGCCCAACACUGUCCUUGAGAUGCCGGACCAUUGCGGUCCUGUGAAAAGGAAGCUCCAGAAGAGAGGAAUGAAAUUCGAAAAGCCGAAGGUCUACAACUUGACUUUCGACUAUGACUACUCUGUUCUUCAAGGCCGCCAGGACAACAAAAUUAGACUGCGGGUUGAUUAUAGCGACAAUCCGGGCUACUGGAACGAUAUCGUUGCCUCUCCUCCCGGCAAGACAAAGCGAGACGUUGCCAUGGAAGUCGACGAAGAACACGGUGGCUCGUGGGAGAGCUACUUAGAGCACAGGUGGCGUAUCGAGAAGCGAUCCACCCCCGAAAAUGAGAAGCACCUCCUUCACGAGCGUUGGUUCUCUCUGUGGGCUGUAGACUGGAUUAACAAGCAGAAGGAGGUCGAUCUCGACUAUGACCUCGUCCGCCAUAGCGUUCGUGAAACUUUUGUCUGGAAUCUUUUCAGAGACAGCAAGUCGUGCCCCAAUAUGGACGUGUCUGCUCACAUCUGGACUGAGUUGACCGUCAACGUUGACACUUCUGCCGUCAUCAGUCUCAUUGGCGACUUGUCCAACCUCAAAUCUUUCGAUCAGUCCCACGCAACCUUCCGAAACAGGGGCGAUGUUGAGGCCAGCUUCAACUUUGUAGCGAACGCCGAGCUAAGAUUCAGUACUGGGCCUGCCGAACUUGCUGGCGAUAACAUGAUUCACAGGACUUGCCCCUCUGGGUGCAAGCUUCAAGAUCCCGGGAAUAUUGACUUGCGGCCCUCAGUUCCGGCUGAUAGGGGAAUUGAACGGAAAGGCAUCAAUCGAUGCAUCAGCAACGCGCGAAUAUCCUACAAGGUGGCGAAAUGGGACUUCAUGCAGCAAUACCCGCCAAAGGAAGAAUGGUCAGAUCCGUUCAAUCCGGACAAGAAGGACAAGGCGGAUCUCGAAAACGAGCAGAGAGGAAAGUCCAACAGCACAAAACCGCAGUUUUCAUACAAUCUGCAUGCUGAGGGCAUGGUAGAGGCCGUCGUCGAACUAGGUGUUCCAAAUGCCGCAAUUGACAUGGGAGUUGAGGCUUCUGCUCGCCUAUGGGGCAGCGGCGGUACCAGCGACACCAUUGCUUGGGAGUACUGCUACGGAGCCGAGGCACAUUGGGCAGUGUUCGGCAGAGCAUCGGCACCAACCUUGUUCAACAUCCCUUUAAGCCGACGCUGGGACUUGGCUUCUGACACCAUCGACAUCAUACCCUCCCAGUGCGGUUCGUCAGGAGAUUAA